AUGGCUCAUCAAGACGCGCGUCAACGCGAGAAGAUCAAGCGUGGUGUGGCCUCCCCACCAGGUCGACGAAGAUCUCCAAGGCAGCCCCGAAAGCCCGCCAAAAUCAGUCUCGCCCGCCCUGACACCAACCCUCCCAUCCAGCGCCCAGUGGCCCCUACCAAAGAACCCCGCAAGACCAAGACCAGGCAGACCGUCUCCGUCGCCGGCAUCUUCAAGAAGUCCAAGUCGUCUCGCCACAAGCACGACAAGCACCACAGACGCCGAGAGGCGUCCCCGGAGCCUGACCUCCUCGCCGACCUCACCGAUGGCAUCGCCGAGGCCCGCGCCGCCCUGGACACCAAGAACAGAGCCAGCUUCGAGAAAGUGCACGCCAGUCUCACAGCCCGGAUCGCCAGCACCCGCGAAAAAGACACGGCCUUUUUCCAGGACAUGGCUGAAGCCGCGAAUAAACUCACCGCGCCCCUCGCCGACGAGCAGGUCCAGUCCGUGACCAUGGAGCACGGCAAGCGAGUCGUCAAGAUGUACAGGAUCGGCGAUCGCGUCGAGAGAAUCAAGGAGAUGGUUGAGCAGGAGGAGAAGAGGCUGGUUGAUCUGUGGAGGCAGUGGGACGAGGUCCAGGCUGAGUAUGUGGCGCUGGGCGUUGAUGUCUUUGGACGCGAGGCGUUUGGGCUGGACGGGGAGGAGAGGGAAAAGGGGUACAAGAGGGAGAUGGAGUUAAUUGAUGUGGAGAUUGCGACUCGGGUGGAGGAGUUGGCGGAGGAUACUGAGGAUAUUGGGCCGGAUAUCAUGAAGAAGAUGAAGGCGUCGGAGAAGGAACUGGACUCCAAUGCGAAGAAGGAGCAGGCGAGGCUCAUAUCUACUUUGCUUUGA